AUGUCCUCGGCAAGACAGAAGCACCGUCGUCAUGGCCGCCACCGUCAUCGAAAACCGCGCUCCACACUUGCUGCAGCUGCAGCACAGGAACGAAAAUUGGCGCGCGCCCCUCACAGCUUCGUCUUUGCUCGCCCUGGCUGUGGUUCGCUUGUCAAGACGCUUUCCUUGGACGUGCGUCGAGUGUUCGAACCCUUCACAGCCUCCCAACUCCGCAUCAGUCGACGUAAUGUAUUAAAAGACUUUAUCAACAUCGCCGGGCCCCUCCACGUCUCGCAUAUCCUCUACUUCACUCAUCCCCGAUCGGAGAAAAUCACAGCGAAGCGAAUUCGGCACGCGGCAAAUUUAGAACGCCGAAAGCGAGUGACGCUGAAGAACGCAGAAGACGACGAGGAGGAGACUAACAAAUCGAGCGGCAGCAAUGGUAUUGGAGGCGUCUAUCUUCACCUGAUUCGUGCACCCAGUGGUCCAAGUUUGACAUUCCGUGUGUCGGAGUACUGUCUCACUCGUGAUGUCGUCACCCUGGUGCAGAAGAUCUUCGAUGUGCGGCAAUUCUCCUCCCCUCCACUUCUUGCGAUGACAGGCUUUGGUUCGGGAGGCACGACAUCUGCUCGGCCUCCACCACAUCUUCGUCUUCUUGUCGACAUGUUCCAAAACAUGCUGCCCUCACUUAAUAUUCAGAAGCUGAAAGUGAGCAGUGUACGUCGAGUACUGCUGUUAAGUCGCGAGGUUGACAGUUGUAGUGAUGGUGAUGGUGGCGAAGAAAGGGAGGUGAUCUACCUGCGCCACUACAACAUCCGCCUGGAGAACCGAUCGAUAAGUCGUGCUCUGCGACGUCUCGGCAUGGGUGGAGCGCCGCUACGACGUCGACGCGAUCGUAUUGGUGCUGCUGGUCUGGGCCCACGGGGCUUUGGCAAGUGCUCUGGUGUUCCCAACCUCGCCAACUACGCUAGCAUGGAUGACUACCUCGCAAAGGCGAAUCUACUGACGGAAUCGGCUGCCUCAGAACUGGAGGAUAUGGCGGAGAUCACGCUGCCGGGUCAAUCAGCGGCAGUUGGCGUGAGUGGGGAAGAGGCGAAGAAGCCCUCCAUAGGUGGCACGAUAAGUUCCAAGGAGGUCAAAGAGGCGCGGGCCCAAGCCAAGGCUGCACAUGGCUUCACACACCUUAGCGGUUGUCACAAGGCAUGCGUUCGACUCACUGAGAUUGGUCCUCGUCUCACCCUCCAACUUAUCAAGAUCGAGGAGGGCGUGAAUUCGGGUGCUGUGCUCUAUCACAGUUGGCAGAAGCGCACGCCGCAGGAGAUUGCCCAACAGGAGGCAGAGGCUCGGGCGAAAGUGGCGGCGAAGGUGCAGCGACGAGAGGAACAGGCGAAACGACGUCGCGCGAAUGUGGAAGCUGCCUCCGCUACUUCUUCGGCUGCCCCCAUGGAGUCUGAUGCGGAGGAGGAAGGCAAUUAUGGAAGUGGUGACAACGAUGAUGAUGAUGCCAAUGACAAGCUGUUAAUGCAUCAGUUGAGCGAUGAGGAAGAAGAGAACAAUGAGGAGGAGGAGGCAUCUGCCGUGGAAAAGGAGGUGAAGGUGUCGAAACCGGGAAAGGGGAAAAAGAAAACGAAGAAAAUUUCACGCAAACACCCCGCUUACAACUAUCUUAUGCAGAAGGCCAAAAAACGAAAAUUGACACAAACAUAG